CACGUCUCACUACCUAUACGUGUGUGUAGAUUCUAGACAAGAUACACGUCUCACUACCUAUACGUGUGUGUAGAUUCCAGACAAGAUACACGUCUCACUACCUAUACGUGUGGGUGUAUUCUAGACAGAUACACGUCUCACUACCUAUACGUGUGGGUGGAUUCUAGACAAGAUACACGUCUCACUACCUAUAUAUAUACGUGUGUGUAGAUUCUAGACAGAUACACUAUAAAGUUGCUAAGAUACACGUCUCACUCACUACUUACAAUAUAUAUAUUCAGACGUAUAGCAGGCUGGGACACUGAGGUUACCGGAAAAGAUGCACUUUUCUUUCCGUCUAUCUACACUAGAAACAUGUAGUGUGCUGUCUCGCGAUACGCCCGUCUCAUCCGAUAUAUAGAGACAUUGCGAUACACGGUCUGUAGACUUGUAAAUAACGCGGCAAAGACACAUCGAGGUUACAUAUGAUAGAUACGUCAGCAGUCUAUAUUUGGAGGUACUGUCUACUGCGGGGUACAUGCAUACUGUACAAAUAUAUUACUUUCUGUAUGCUGGAAGGCACCAGGCAGAGACACUGUUAGAUAUUAAGAUACACCUGUCGCAUCGUCUAAAUACAAGUUGAUACCAGACAGACACUUCGUGAGGUCACUGAUACACCUGUUUUGCAGCAGAGAUACUCUGAUGCACCUGUGUUAAAGCCUACUACGUACGGGCGAAUACUGUAAAACCAGUGGAAUACUAGAUUACUAUGUCAGUUAGAAUCAGUCGAUACAGGGCUGUAAGCGGAGUGAUCGCGCAGAUUCCGACUAGUUAGCCGACACCGUUGCCAAUAAUUCCUCAUUAACACAUACUGUUGUAUUUCUACCCUUUUCUUUAUUAUGACAAAGUUUUCUCUAUCGAAUGACACUUCUCUUCAGUUGAUACCUGAUUACGUUACCUCGAAGGGAAUCUUGUAGUUUCUAAAUUAACCCAGUUUGUCAUUUGAAUAAUGUGGACAAAAUCGAAUGCUUUAAAAGUGGCAAAUUGGAAUUAAUUUACAACAGGAUCCGUUCACGUAGCAUGCGAACCUCCCAGUAAAUAUUGCACCAGAUUGUCACUAGACAGGCCGCCGGGGUGUAGCGUGCCUCAGGGAGACUGCCUCACAGGGAUGGUAGAGGUUUCUGCCACUCCAUAGCAUAACUACGACUGUCGCUUACACAACAACAUGGAAGUACAACGGAUUUUAGGAUUUUUCUUCUUAACACUAAUAUUUUCUCUCGCCGAAAGUGGACUUAGAGAGGAGGAGGCGGACAAGACUUUAAGAUCGGUCUUAGCGUGCAAUCAAAACCCAGGUAUGGCCGUAUCGGUGGUCAAGGAUGGUCAUAUUGUGUUUUCGAAAGGAUAUGGAGUUAAAAAUCUGGAAACUAAGGAACCAGUGACAAACAAAACGCUAUUUGGAAUAGCAUCGCUGUCAAAGGCUUUUGCGUCUACCCUGCUUGUCAAACUCCUGCACAGAACUAAAGAGAUCACAUUGGAUACUGAGAUAAGUAAGAUUUAUAAUGACGACAAUAUAUUCAGUGAUGACCUUCGCUCUCGUUACGUCACCAUCCGGGACCUUCUGGCACACAACAUUGGUAUCCGUAGCAACAACUAUAUGAGGUUCGAUGACACCCUGACAAGGGGAAACAUAUACAGACGCAUCAAGUACCUCCGAGGCCGGGGUAGAUUCCGGGAGAGUUUUUACUACAGCAAUCUGAUGUAUGGCGUCAUCACAGACAUUGCCGAGAGACUUGGUGGUAAAAGUUGGGAGGAUCUCGUGAGGGAGGAGCUACUAAACCCGAUAGGAAUGAUGUCCACUACAUUCGCAACAGUAGCUGAGGAAAAGAAGAUAGACCUCGCCACAGGUUACAUAGAUUUCUAUGGGGACAUCCACCCCGUGUCAUUUCGGCUAUCAAAAGUGUGGGGUAAUCUGUGUGGGUCCGGCUGUGUGAUGAGCUCGGCUAAUGACAUGGCAAAAUGGAUGAUGUUCCACCUUGACAAGGGGCGUAACUCCUUCUCCGUGAGAGUCGUUGACGAGAGGGCGCUUUCUCAUACACAUAAGGCUCACAACACCAUAGCAAAGUCGUCCAUUUUCAAAUACUUCACAAAACCUGUGGUACCCCACACCCGCUGCCAGACUAACUACGCGUUGGGCUGGAAGAAUGGCUACUACCGAGGAUAUGAAAUAUUGACGCAUUCCGGGUCGACAUGGGGAUACAGAGCAUUGGUAACGUUAUUUCCGGCCAUGCGCAUCGGCGUCUACACAUCAAUGACUGGCGAGGACUACGGCUACAUUUUGCGGACAAAUAUACAUAAUUAUUUGGCAGAUAUGUACCUGGAGGAGACACCAUGGCUUAAUGCAUCCACGAUAUGUUCCUUUCCUGAACCAUGGUUUAGACCUGGCAAGGACAAGCCAAAACCAUCGAUUGACAAAACACGUGAGCUUCCUAGAAAUACCACUUAUUACGUUGGAGAAUAUGAAAAUCCAGCAUAUGGAAGAAUGAUUGUAGCCGUCAAUGGUACCACCGGAAAACUGAUCAUCAAGUACGGAGAAGUGACAUUAGGCUUGUACCCGAAAGCCAUGAAAGACGAAUUCCACUUCGAAUCACUUGGGUUCGCCGCGUUAGUGUUAAACUUUGGGACGAUCAAGUUUAAGAUGGAGACUCUCUCUGGUUACUUCGCAGCAUUCCAGGUCACGACGUUCGACACUAAAGACCCACCGGACUUUCAGCGAUUUAUGACACAAAACGAUUUACCGGAAGUUGGUAACCCUUUGUACGUCGCUUCCCAGCGUAAUAGUGCAAAUACGUCACAUUCGGCAGAACUUCUCUUCGGUAUUCUGAUUAUUUGGAUUAUUAACCUAUUCGUCUUCAGAAAAAUUCCAACCUGUCGAUCAUAACGAAAACAUGAGUAGUGUGUAUUACCUUGACUGGUCGACCGCUGAUUAGAGUUCACGUAUCUGAGAUGUACAGAGGAACAUAUUUUUAUCGACACCUUAGUUUCCGAAAUAAAUUCCGGAAUAAUGCCAACAACGAGUUUCCAGGACAAGCUAAAAAUAGGAUUGUCAAUAAAUAGUGCUGCAGCUGCUGAAUAUAAGUGCCCUGGAAGCGCCAUGUCCAUAAAAUCGCUGAUACCGGAUUAUCGGAUCCGGGUGAACGAGACACCACUGCAUCUGUAGAUAAUUAAUCCUGAUUAAUAUGGCUAAACCAAGUAGGGAGAGAUUAAGGCCGGAUAAACGAGGCUCUGCUACAUUAUACGGUUAGUCCGUAAUAAGGGUGACUCCACCACGUGAGGAGGUUGUUAGUCAGCAUGAACGAAGCUACACUGUCUUGGGCUGGGUGUAAUCCGGGUUAACGAGACCCCACUAUAUGUGUACAUCGGUAGAGAACUAAUGAGGCUGACAUAUAUUAGGAGAGGUAAAUCCGGAUAAACGAGUCUCUGCUACAUUAUACGAUUAGUCCGAAAUAAAGUGACUCCACCACGUGAGGAGGGUGUUAGUCAGCAUGAACGAAGCUACACUGCCUUGGGAUGGUGAAAGACUGGAUCAACGGGUCUCCACUACAUCGGUAGUCAAGAAAUCCGGAUGAAUGAGGCCAAACUAAGUUGGAAGAUAUUAAGUUCGGAUAAACGAGGCUCUCCUACAUUAUACGGUUAGUCCAUAUUUACGUGACCCUAAUACGUAUAUAUGCCAAUAUGCCUUUAAUUUGGAUGGUGUUACAUGUAGUCCGGAAUAACGUGGCUCAACUGCCUUGGGAUGGUGUCAGUCCGGAUUAACGUGGCAUUACUACAUUGAGAGGGUGUACGUCAAGACCAUGGGUGUUGGUCCGGAAUCGCAAGGUUCGACUAAAUCAUGAAGGGUGUUAGCCCGGAUUAACGAACUUCCGCUACAUCGGACAGGAGCUAGGCAUUUCACAAAUAAUACUAAUACUUUUUUUGUCUAAUCACAUUAUGAUCCUAACCAGCCAUUGGCUAACUUAACAUUGUAUACCGUAAGGAAAUGGAAAUUAUUCUAUGAAUCAACAACGUCCAAGAAAUGAAAGCGCUGGCUACUUAGUCCUGUUAUACUAUAGGUGUAAGGUCAUUACUUCAAUAGUUGUUGUAGGGUUAAAGGCAGUAACAACAAUUUGAGGGGAUUACGAUGCAUUGAAUGUUUGGUGAACAUUGUAUUGGGGGAUAUGGAUUUGCUGAUUCUAUAAUGCUGCAAACCAAGUCCAUUACAACGCCGAUACCAUAAGCGCUAUUUUAAAGCUCCCUUCCGCCAGGUCAUAAACAAUUAGUGCUUACUUUCGCCAAAAUAAUAUGAUUUAUAUUUUAAGUUUUAUUCAUAACACGUCACGUUUUCAAUGUAAAAAAAAUACUGAUGAAUUGCGUUUAUAAAUACGUCAUCAUUCAUUGCGUGUCACAUGCUAUAUACGCGCUCAGUCUGUGUGUUCCGUGCACUGUGACACAUGUCACCGGUUCGUGUGUCUCCUGCACUGUAGUUGUACUUAUGUGGAGCUUUGCAAGACAACGUAAUUACUGCUCUCAGUGUGUGUCCGGGAAAUAUUAGAAACAGAAAAUUUAAUAUAUCGUCUAAACUAGCUGGUGCCAUUCAAGUCUGGAUGUUAAUAGAAAUAAACCACAAUCAACAUCCGAAUAUUUUUUUCAAGAAUUGCUUUUCUGUCUUAAUUCAUGAAGAUUUUCUAUAUAAUCGCUAAAGACAUGUAUUGACGAUAAAGACUAGAUCUGAUUGAGGGUGCUGUAAUUGGGUUUUUCCUCCUUUCUCACGCAAAUCCAGAGAACGUUCCUGAAAGGUAUUGUCUUUAUGCUGUUCCCAUAUAUAUUGUCUAAAGGCAUCGGCACAAUGCCGGUAGCUUUCAAGUAUUAUGUUUUAAUCAAAAGUCAUUAUUCUCUGUGUCGCUAAGUGCAUCGUGUAAGUGAAGCGGUUUCCUUAUGCCGCGUACGAAUACGUAUCGGAUGUAAGGUCUGUAUGUACAUGUGUGUUUACUUCCGGCGUAUUCUGUUUUGAGAAUGCGGUAGAAUUUCGUUUCAUUUUAAUAGUAUUUGUGAACCAAUUAUAUAUGUAUCGCAAUUACAGUUGUUGCAUUCUGUGAAUAGAAGAAAAAGUCCAUUCGUGUAUCUGUUGUCAUGAAUAAUGUUUUAUUGGUAUAGCAUGUAUUGUAUAGCUAUACUGACCUUGAGCAUUGACCGUUUGGUAUAACCUCUGCCUUAACCAUAUUCUAUGUACGUUGUGUAAGCUACUGCCCCAUCUAUACCGGACACAUUCGAUGUGUAUCGUCUCUAAUGAUAGAAAGACACAAAUAUUUGACAUUUUGAGCAACUGCACAACACAUCUGCAAUAUUUGUGAUUUACUUGCUGAUUUAACUUGCAAAUUUCUUAUAAAAAUAUUUUCAAAUACCUCUUUCAUUUAUUUUGAAAGUUCUGAGCUUUUGAGCAGUUCAUUCUUCUGUUCCACAGAGUGAAAAUGGUUACAUGUAUAUGUGUCGUAUAUCGUACCGAUCAGCCACCUAUUUCCAUUUGACAGAUAUAGACAAUUUCUAUUAUUUCAUAAAAUGAAAUAUAACUGUGGAAAGUAAUUGUGUCUGGCUAUAUCACCCCGCCGCCAGUCUGAUGGAGCGCCGCCAUUACGUGUCUAUACAUUCUCUCCACUAACAAAUGGUUGAAUUUCGUGUCGUCUUGUAUUUAAUGUGGAUUUUUUCUAAAUUUCAUUUCAGAAGGGAGAAAGGUCUCAAGAAAGAUUUUAUUUGCAUGUGUAGCGUAUGAUAGAUUUUGGUAUUUGUGACGAUGUGUUGCUGUAUUUUCUCUCAAUCUGUCGCUUUUAACCAUUAACCCACGUGAUGACGUCGGCAGACAAAAUCUGUAACUCAUGAUGAAUUAUAUGUUUGUGAUUA